GGCAGGUGAAGCCUGGAGUAGCCUGGGAAGCAGCAGUGAGUCUCUCUGUGAGUUAUUUUUAGGAGCUCACACCUAAGGACAGACCAAAUAGUCUCCUUUUAAAACAACUAUGUGCUGGUGAUUCCUAUGGAAAGUGCUGGAGAGCUGGGAGUGGCAUGAUCUGAAUGGCUCAAUCAGAAACUGGUGACAGAAGUCUGCCCACAGGGUACAAUAAAGUUCCAGACUUGACCGGCCUCCUUCACUGUCCUAGCACCUCUUCAGAAGUGAUGACACCACGAAGCUCCGUCUCAGUUUCUGUCUGCAUAACAAUCUUCUUCCUCCAGUGUGCAAAAGUAGUCACAGUGUCUCCACCAGAUACCCCCAUGGCCUCGGGGCUGUGGCUGUGCCAGCCUGCCCCCAGGUGUGGGGACCACCUCUAUAACCCCUUGGAGCAAUGCUGUGAUGAUGACACCAUCCUGCCUCUGAAUCGGACUCGCCUUUGCGGCCCCAACUGCACCUUCUGGCCAUGCUUUGAACUCUGCUGUCCUGAGUCCUUCGGCGCCCAGAAGUUUGUCGUGAAGUUGAAGGUCCUGGGCGUCGAGUCCCGGUGCUUCUCGUCCCCAAUCUCCAGAAACUGCCCCAGAACCAGCCAGAAGAAGCCUACGUGACUACCUCAGCAAGAGGAAGAUUCUGUCCUUGGCAAGAAACCGCCAUUACAACGAAAAGCCAUUACAUGCAGAACUCCCAGUGUACGCCAAUGGGCUUUUCCUCUAUAACAAUCCCCACCUCCCUGCGUUUCUCUUGAAAAGGGGGUUUCUUGGAGGAAUACAGGAGAACUGCCAAUGCCAGACAAGUUACGACUGAAACACAGGCAAGUUGGAAUUGCAAGUGUGGUGGCUUCUCACUGAGGGAGCUGUUGUUGCCUGGAGGGAUGAGGAAUGCUGCUUCCUUCCCCACAUCGGAGGUAUCCUUUGUUUUCUGGACUUGACUGUGAUUUUGCCAGGGCUUGUGUGUGUCCAAUUCCAAUUCUCUGCUUAAGAAAAUUUAUUUAUUUAUUUAUUUAUUUGAGGGCGGGAGGUGCUGGUAAAAGAACAUUUCUAUUGCUAACAUUGACAAUAUAUACCCAAAUGAGAUGAAAUCAC